AUGGCUUUAUGGGUCCGAAACUGUGGCUUGCCUGUCAAAUUCUUUAAGGAUUAUACUGUGGCUAAAAUUGGCAGAGUUCUAGGAGAUGUUGUUAAGGUUGAUCAAGUUACUAUUGGCCAAGCUAGAGGCAAAUUUGCCAGAGUCUGUAUUGAAGUUGAUCUUAGCAAACCCCUGCGUCCUUUUGUUGAGGUGGAAUCUGUUGCCUACCAUGUUGUUUAUGAAGGAAUCUCUAUGAUCUGUUUUGAAUGUGGUUGUUUUGGUCAUGCUAAGGACAAGUGCCCAACUCUGCACACUGAACCAAGUGUUAACUCUCAAGAUCAGGAUGCCGGUAGUAACACCAAUGAACAGGUAAUGGUGCCCAAAGCAACUUCUGAUUCUCAACAGGACAUGGACACUUCCCAAGCUCAUUCUAUUCUCAAGGAGGACAUGGGGCCAUGGAUGCUAAUGAAUUACAGGAAUAAGAGGAGAACCAAUGAUAGUGGGGGAGCAAAGAAAACUAUCAACAAGGGUUCUCGAUUUACUGUGCUACAAGAUGAGGAGGAACUGCCUUCUCAUGAACCUGAGACUAUUAUUGAUAAUGCAACCAAACCUUUAACCCCUCCCAUUGUGAAAUUGUGGGCUAGCUUCCAGGAUAAAAAGAAGAAUUUCAACAAGCCAAGUGCUGCUAAAGCUGGUGCCAAUUCAGCACCAAUGAUAUUGGUAUUGGUACCUCAUCCUUGGGGACCUUGA